ACUACAGUACGCAAUGCCAUGUACCUACACUAACUGAGUCUAUGUGGAGAUGAUCACGUUGAUUGGUUCAUUCAAGAGACUGCGGCAUGCUCCGCAAUUCCGUGUGGCUUAGCAGAAGCUUGCAGGCUUGGAUUCCGUCAGUCUUCUUGCGACUGCUCCCAUCUCACCCAACAAAAGUCGACUCUUCCACAGCAACGACAGCAGAGCUUCGAUCCAAUAAAAGGUCGGACGCUGGACGGGGAGAUAGCCGGUCAAUUACAUUUUAUCUAUUGUUUCAAGAUGCUCAUAUCGAAUACGACAAUUCAGAAGUCCCAUUCUUUUGGAUCUCCCAGGCAGAUACGAUGGCAAGAUGGUCUAGAUGGUUCGUCAACCUCGGGUUCGAUCACGAUGUUGUGGUCAAGUGCGUUGGUGGACGCGGUGGCAAUUCCCGAUCGAUCAUGUCGGCCGGGUCCAAUGUCCGAUUCCCCUACAGAAUUGAGAUCUUGGGCGCUUUUGGGAGACUCCGGCUCUGAAGUGGAGGGCUCACGCACUACCAGCCCGGCCAGCCUUGUCGCACGUGUUUUGCUUUUUGCGCGACCGGGACUGGCAAUGACUGGCUACCAAACCGUGGGAUCGUUAUCCAGGUCUAGACAAUUUCCUAUUGCCUAUCUGGGCGAAAACCACAAACCUGGUUAGAACGCAUCAUAUCGUUAGUGCACACAGAACUCAAUCCUCCAUUCGUCAUCUCAUUUCCGGCCUUCUCGACGUUGCCAGGAGGAAGCAAGUAGAAAGACAAAAUCGAGUCAAAGCAAGGGAAUUUAGAAUGCCAUGCGCCCUUGACGGAUCGGAUGAGGGCCCGGCAAAGAUCAGCCAUAAUUACCUUACUGUAGCCAUCUCGACCGCAUCACCCCCAGU